GCAAAUUUAUAAUUUUUGCAGCUCAAAGAUGUUAUUACUGACAUGAAAGAAAUCUUGCUCAAAGCUAAGGUAUGCAGCUACCCGUCAACUUUCCUCCAGCCUUGUACAUUAAAAUCAGAGCAAGAUGUAUUUGAUGUAAUGGAAAAAUCACGAAAUUAUCAGGAACUCCAAUAUUUUUGGACUCAGUGGCGAGAUGAGACGGGAAAGAAAAUCAGAGCAGAUUAUCUUCGAUACAUUGAUCUUAAUAAUGAAAGAAAUCAACUACUUGGUAACUCAAAUGCGCAACCUAGAUUUGCAGUAGAUGAAAAAUACUUUUUGAUGUUGGAAACUCUCAAGCCAUUAUACAGAGAACUACAUGCUUAUGUGAGACGAAAGUUAAUUGAAAAAUACUCAGAAUCUUACAUAAAACCUGAUGGUCCUAUACCAGCCCAUUUAUUAGGGAACUUGUGGGCUUAUUCUUGGAUAAAUAUAUAUGACCUUGUAAUACCUUAUCCGAAUAAGAAAUCGGUAGACGUGACAAAGGCAAUGCGUGAAAAGAAUAUAACUCCUCUGGAUAUGUUCAAGAUGGCCGAAAAAUUCUUUAUAUCUAUAGGCAUGAUGCCUAUGCCAACAGAGUUCUGGAAUAAAUCCAUUAUCGAAAAGCCCCUCGACAGAGAAAUGGUGUGCCACCCCUCUGCUUGGUAUUUCUAUGAUGGAAACGAUGUUAGAGUUCGGAUGUGCACUACAGUUGAUAUGGUUAACUUAGCCACAGUGCAUCAUGAAAUUGGACACAUAGAAUACUACUUGCAUAUGAAAGAUCUUCCUUUGAAUAAGAGGCAUGGAGUUCAUCCAGCAUUUCAAGAAGCUGUUGGUGACGUGAUAGCUCUCUCAGUAAGAACCACUGAUUAUUUAGAACGAAUUGGUCUUUUAGAAGAAGCUACAGACGAUCCAGAAACUGAAAUCAAUAACCUACUUUACGUGGCAUUGGAUACAAUAGCAUUUCAGCCAUAUGGAUUGAUCGUAGACCUUUGGCGAUCGACUAUCUUCAAUGGGUCUACAGACAAAAGUGAACUCAAUAAAGCUUGGUGGAAAUUAAGGCUCGAUUAUCAGGGGGUGUGUCCUCCGGUUUUACGAAGUGAAGAUGAUUUAGAUGGUGGUACACAGCACUACAUAGGAGCUGAUUGCAGUUACAUAGCGAAUUUCGCAAGUACAAUAGUUCAGUUUCAAUUUCAUCAAGCUCUUUGUGAGGAAGCCGGUCACGAAGGCCCUCUACAUAAAUGCAGUAUAUAUAAAAACAAAAAAGCCGGAAAACUUCUAAGUGACAUGCUCAAAUUGGGUAGCUCAGUGCCAUGGGCAGAAGCUAUGAAAGUGAUUACAAAAGGAAAAACUGAUAAAAUGGAUUCUACCUCUAUUCUGGAAUAUUUUCAACCUCUAUAUGCCUGGUUAAAGAACCAAAAUAGGAAUGAAUUUGUUGGGUGGAACACUAGUAACGAUCCUAUGAAGUGUCCAUAGUAAAGAUUAAAAAUGGAACUCAAUUUUAGGUGUCUAAAUUACAUUACAAAUUUGUUGUUGUUGUUGUUGUCGUAUACCAGUAUACCAUUAUAUAGUAUAUCAAAAGGGUGCGCUUCUUCUUAUUUUCCAGUGGCGCCAUCUAUGGCCAAGAUUUCGACUUUGUCCACACAUAUACGUCAAAACCCGUUAAUAGGGCGUACCCAUUAAUACAUCCUCAGGUCGUAGUUUUAGCCUGAACCAUAGAAUGGUCAAUUUCUUAUUCAAAACCCCCAAAGUAUAAUUUGUAAUGAGAACAUUGAGUAUUUUGUGACCCAACAGAUUUAAAGUCACCAUCUACUUCAUCGGGAAUCUUCAUCCGGCAUAUAUUGAACUAACAACCUCUUGUACAUGGGCCCAAGAUCCUAGUUAUCAAGCUAUCCCAACCCACAUUAUAAAUUUUUAUGAUGUAAUAGGAAAAGAAACUCAUUAACUUUUAAUAAUUCAGAAUGAGAUUUAAGUAAAUGUUCCAGAUUAUCUGGUGUUUGAUUAUGCAGCACAUGUAAUUAAGCUUGAAUGUCGGGUGCUUGUGGCUUGAUUGCAAAGGUCUGAUAUUAAAUUUAUUAUUUGUUUUACUUUGAGUUUACACAAUUUAAACAACUCAAAAUUGAAGUACAAUAGUUCCAGAUUGUUAGAUCUAAAAUGUCGUGCAAGGUCUGAUCAGAAAAAUUGAAUGCUGGGAAUCCAGUCCGAAAAGGGGCAUGAAUUCAACAAGGACUGUUCCGUUUCAUAUUCAAAGAAUGAAAAUUCAAUUUUAAAUUCUAUGAAUGUUAUUUAUCCAAUUUGGAGUCCAAUCAAUGCAAUGGAUUUCAUACGAAUUGUUCAAUGAAUAAAAUGAAUUUAAUAUGAAAUUUUCAAUGAGUAAAAGGAAUUUAUUCUGAAAGUUUGUGUGUCAGAGAACAGACGAAUUUUUGCAAUUGGCUUUUAUAUCGUUUAAAUACAAACAUAUGACGAUUUUUUUAACAAUCUUAAUAAAUUCGAAUUUCACGUAACGUUGAAAAAGGAGCCUCAAUUAAAUGUUAUCCUCUAAUUAAACGACUAAAAACUGCAAGAUUUAAUUAAAAUCAGUCAUUGAAUACUAACAAUUCUUGUAAUUUCCCAUUGGUGGUAUGGCUCAGUUGAAGUCAAGACUUUAAAUAAUAUUGUCUGCAUUUAUAUGUUUUUGUUAAAAAGAUCUUUGUCCUGGUGGUUUUGUGUAAAAAAAUAUUAUU